UCUGUUAAAUCUAGGCAGAAUGUUAGAUAAUGCUGCAUUUAUGAAUAUCUAUAAACACUCAUUUUAAGAGAAGGAAUUGAUGGAUAGAUUGAGAAUGAGAUAAAGCUUAGAAAGAUCCUGGAAAUGAAAGAAAAGGAAUUAGCUUUACUUCAUGAGAAGGUGAAGCUUGAAAGAAGACAGGGUGAUGUGGAUUGUCCUCUCAGCAACCAGGCAAUGCAAGAAGGUGAAAUCACUGAAUUGAAAUAUUCACUGGACCUGGAAGUUUACAGCAUGAAGCAGAAAUUAGAGGAUGCUGAUCUUGAGAAAUCCCAAGCCACGAAAUCUAGUGAAGAUGAGUUCUAUUGUAAAGGUUACAAUUUUUUUGGAUUCAAGCCAAUGACUGAUGCUUUAAUGCCUGAAGGAAACAAAACCAUUCAGCAGAUGACUUCUGAUUCAGACAUUUUAAAGAGAUUGUUGGAUUUCACAUUUGGUACAGUGCAUAGUACUGAGGUGCCUAUCCUGGAGAAGCAAUGGAGGCACACCAUUGAGACAAAAGUGCUAUCAGUUCUGAUUAAGGGCUUCGUAGAUGAUAUCCAACAAAUAUUCAAUGCAACCCUUAGGGAGAGAAAAAGCAAUAUUCAAUUUGGCUUCUCAGAUGAUAAAUGGACUGAACUCAUUACGCAAAUGACAAUGUUGCGUGAGGAACUGGAUACCUUUUCCAGUAGAGAUAGUUUCAAACUGAGAACGUUGGACAAGAAUGAUGGCUUAGGUCCACUCACAAAUAUAUGUAGAUCUGUUAGUGAUCCUUUGCAAGAAUUUACUUGUUAUGAGCCUGGUGAGGAUAAAAAAACUAUUGGAAGUCAUUAUGUUGCUGAGAUGAUUAAGAUUCAUGAGGCCAUAAUAAGGAAGCAACGCAAAGAUUUGAGUUGGUCAACAGGGGCGAAACCUCUGGGAAAGGGAUCUUCAUUGCUCAAAAGGAAUAGAGAAUCUGACAGUUUGGAAAGAAGGAUGCAAGAAUGUACCUCAAGAUUAGACUGUCUAAUUAGUUGGAGUCAUGGAUUGGUUGAUGAGAAUGAUGUUCAAGUCUUGGAAUCUUUUCAAAAGAAACCAAAUUCUGUCUUGGGAGGUGAAGAACAUAUGAGGAGCCAUUACGUUGAAGAAUUAAAAGAUGAGAUAAGAAGAUUAAAGGGGGAGGCAGAAGAUUCUUGUCUGCAAAAUUCAAUGAUGGAACAGGUUUACCUGCUCCUCUGUCAAGGUCUGGUGAAAGAUUUCAAUGCAAAGGUAAGUAGCUAUGGCAGCCAGAUUAGGAACCCUGCUAACAGAUUGUCCUCAAUGGAUUUCACUGACAAAAAUGAAGACCGAGCAGCAGGAAACCAACGGGACAGGUCUGGAGAUGAAACUAAAAUCUUGGAAUACAUACUAAGGGAGGAUAUCCAUAAGGUUUUUAUGACUGAAAUGAUCAAUUUGAUGAAACAGGAAAAGGAUGCAUAUGAAACUGUUAACCAUUACCUGGAAAUCUUCAGAACUGAAGAGCGGGAUGAGUGAGAGGCUAUCCAAUGGCUAUUGGAUGCUGAUGAAAGCAUUUUGAGUUCAGUGAAUAUAAAGUUAGCCAAAGCACUCAAACAGCUGAUCACGAGCAAGGACCUGUUGAUGGAUUUGGAGCGAGGUUUAGGCCUAUACCCUGAUGACAAUGGUGAAGAUAAUAAUAAUGCGACUGUUGUGAUUGAAGGUGAUGAAAACAUGCAGCCUUCCUGCCAACUAGAUGGUGACAAUAGAUCAGAGAAGCCCAAUCAGUCUGAUAACGCCUUCUCAUCUCUUAGAAGAUUUCAGCAAGUCCUGAGUGAUUUUGAGGACAUGAUACUUGCUAGCUUAGAGAAAAAAUGCCUUAGGUAUUCAACUUCUCACUCAAAACUUUAUACAAACAGGGUUGACUACAUGCAACAAGUGAAAAUUUUAUAAUAGAAGCCUGUCUUCCCAGGAUAGAGGAACUGAAGCAGCAAUUACAUGAGUUAGUUCAUCCUGUUUCCUCAUUGAGGAAAAAGAAACAACUGUACAAGAAGGCAUUCAUAACAAGGUGUCAGAGCCUGCAUUUAGCUGAAACUGAGGUUGAUUUACUAGGGGAUCAGGUGGAUGCACUUGUGCAAAUUCUUGAGAAAAUAUACCUGGUAUUGAGCAAGAACUCAUCAGCUUUGUCAUGCCAUUUCGAGGUCUCUGAUAUUGUAAGAUUAAUCAAGAAAGAGUUGGCUGAUGCUGUGGCUUGCACACCUAAAAAUUAGAGUUAACGCCUAGAUUGUACAUCUAUAUAUAUAUUCUCUAGAACUGUCUGUAUACAAAAAUCUAUAUGAAAAGCAAUUGUUAUACCA